AUGCCAUCUUCGGUUCAUUCGCAAGAACACGAUCAGUCCAUGGUGGACGCUGAGCCCGAGAUCGACCCUGUCAUGCUGGAUGAGAAGCGAGUCGUGGUGUUGCCGGGUUCCUCCGAGACCGCCGCAUCGUUCCAGUUUGAAGGAGAGGGCCACACUAUGGGAAAUGCCUUGCGAUACGCCAUCAUGAAGAACCCCGCCGUUGAAUUCUGUGGAUACACCAUCCCUCACCCCUCUGACGCGAAGAUGCACCUCCGCAUCCAGACCACCGACUCUACAACUGCCGUCGAGGCUUUGGAGAAAGGCUUCAGCGAUCUGAUGGACUUGUGCGAUGUCGUCUCGGAGAAGUUCACCGCUGCCCGGGACCAAUUCAAUGAAGAAAGCAGCAAUCGCAUGCAAUCCUGA